CGGCGUGGCUGCGGACAAUGACCUUUUUCCUGCCACGGCAUUCCAUGCAACUCGCCAUCCAUCCUCAUCGUUGAUUCAGCCGCAAGUGCAGUGGACACAACCAUGCUGUCCGUUCCAGAUGUGGUAUGGUGGUGGGUGUGUUGGCUGGCAACGGCUUGCUGUGUCGCAUGCCCUGGCUCGUCCAUCACCUCCUCCUCGUCAAUCCACGGUGCUGACACAGGAACAGCGACGCGUUCCACCCGCACAAACAGCAAACACCUCGUCACCUUCAGGUGGGCACCAAAUCUGCUCGCUCUUGAUGCCAUGCGCAACCACCUCUCCAAGCUGCACAACAGCAGGGACAUUGUGUUGGUGUGCGCGUGCCGGUGGUUUGGCAAAGAGCGCAUGGGCCGUGAGGGGAAGGUUGGAUAUGACCCCUCGUGUAAGCAGGCAGAGGAAGAGUUCAACAAGCACACGUACACGGAUCUGGCGCUGGAGACCAAGUUUGGGCUCAUCAUCGUGGCUGCGGGUGCCAUCCCCGUCAUUGUCGUCGAUCACUACGUGCUGCCCUACCAGGGCCUGCUGGACUGGGAAACGUUCAGCACCCGCAUUCCCCGAACACAGGCUCCUCGAGCUUCUGAGGAUCCUGCGGUCAAUCCCUGAUAAGGUGGUGGAGAUGAUGCAGAGACGCGUUGUGUUUAUGUUUGAGGAGUUCUUCAAGUCCCUCUCCACCCAAGUGCACACAGCACUGGAGUCUGCCAGGAUCAACCUGUUCUGCGGCGACAACGCGUGGCAGGGGGAAGAUGCAAGUGGAAGGGCUGGCGUACGACACGCCCAAUGAGACGCCACACGAUGUGAUGCAGGAGUCUGUAUGGUGCAACACCCCCCGCCCACCGACGAAAGGCGGCCAAGGACAAUGCACCCAUGUGAUGUGUUUGCGUGUGACGAUGAUGAUGAGGUGGAGGAGGAGGAGAGGACGAAGAUGUCUAACAGCGUAACCAAGAUCAGCUUUGUCACGAGUUCAAUAGUUCAGCCUACCUUUGUGUGUGGUUACCUCUGCGUCUGUGCAUGGAAGUAAACGCGUUGAG